GAAUUUAAUAUUCGGGGUGUAGGACUGCUGCGGCCCUCCUACUUCGUUCUCAACCAACGCAUCAACGUUUUGUCGUCGCAAUCAAUGUCGCGCCCUUCACCAAAGCUACUACACCUUACUGUACAAGUUCCGGCUGAUAUCAAAGGCCGUCGGCGAAGCGGGAGUAUCGUCAAAGUCGAAGAAGUUGGUGGGCGUACAGAGGAACUUUUGGACCGUAGCGCAUACCUCAACAUCAAUGCUAACUGGGUGAAUGCAAAGGGUGCAUGGCUCAUACACGUCGUCUUGGUCUUCAUGGGAAAGAUCAUUAUCGAUACUAUACCUGGCAUGACACAGCAGAUCAGCUGGACCCUCGUUAACCUUAUAUACCUUAACCUCUCGUAUCUCAUGUUCCACUGGGUUACCGGCAUUCCCUUCGAUAACGAGCUUCACGGCGGCGCAUAUGACGAUCUCACUCUUUGGGAACAAAUUGAUGAUGGCGCACAAUAUACACCAUCGAAAAAAUGGUUAUUCACUGCGCCUAUAUUACUUUUCUUGGCUUCGACACACUACACAAAUUACAAUCCCUGGCUAUUCGCUAUCAAUCUCACCGCUCUCAUCGUACUUGCCAUAAUCCCAAAACUUCCUCAGCUCCACAGACAACGCGUUCGUUUCCUCACCGGUGACGCCUCAGGCGUUUCAACGCCUGUCACCCCCUCCUUUCCCAAGAUGGACCAGAAUCCACUACAUGCUGCAAACCCAACCGAUGCUCGCUUCGGGUGAUAUCGCGCAUCCCUCUGCAUUGUUCAGCACCUGUGUUAUAUCUUUACGCAAUGGCGAUUGUAAUGCAUUGUGCUAGAUUCUACGUGACUUCCUGCUUCUAGGCUGGAUCCUGUCCUCUAAUUAUUUUCUUUCCACCGACGGCACCGACACGAUUUCACGAGGGAUCUCGCUUAUUGGGCGGGUAUGAUGUCUUCGCUCCCACUCGGGGCCGACACGUCAUUGUAGUGUGAAAGACGUAGC